AUGUUAGGCGGCCGUCACUUUCAAAGAAAGUACGAGAAGAAGCAGAAGAAAAAGGAAGCCAAGAAGGCUUCCCAGGGUCCUGUCCGUGGUGCGGGUGGCUCGAGCGGCGCCAGCGCAGCAGCAGCGGGGGCGGCUGUCAAGCGCAAGGAUGUCAGCACGCUAAAGGGGCCGGUCGUGUCGCACGGCGACUUCAUGGCGAGCCGCGACUCGGCGAAUAACCGAAAAAAUGUUCCGUUCUCGAACAAGGUGGAAGAGAAGGUUUACCGAAAGGAGCAUCGCGUCCCAAAGUACAACAACAUCGUUGACCCGGAGCGGCAGAACUUGGCUAAGGCAGCCGGGGCUAGCAGUGCCGCUCAGCGCCGUCGCGUUUUGCGCCAGAAAGGUGACGAGGACCUCCUCGACCACUUCCGCGAGCGCCUGAAUGCCAGCACGUUCCGUCUCCUGAAUGAGCAGGUGUACAACGCCCCGACCACACUGGCGAGUCAGCUGCUGCGCGACGAGUCAACCUUUCGCGACUACCACACUGGCUACCACCAACAGCUCAUGCAGUGGCCCAUGAAUCCGAAUACGCUCAUUGUGGAGUCACUGCUAGGGGACCGACGUGGGCGGUUUCUCGCGAACAAGGGGAAGAGUAUGCCAGGACAUAUCCCACCCUCGUGGGUGGUGGUGGACAUGGGUUGCGGUGAGGCCCAAAUCGCCGCGGCGCUGAAGCCGAAGGGCUACACGGUGCACUCCUUCGACUUCUUUGCUCUAAAUGCGCUGGUGACGGUGGCGGACACCACUAAGGUGCCCCUCGCGGACAACCAUGUCGACGUCUGCGUCUUCUCGCUUAGCCUGAUGGCGACGGACUACGUCAAGAGCCUCUUCGAGGCCUUCCGCAUCUUGAAGCCGAAACGCCUGCUCAAGAUCAUCGAAGUGCGCUCCCGUGUGCCGUUCCCGCGCAAGUUUGCAGAGCUCGUCGAGGAUAUUGGCUUUGAGGUGGAUUACAGCGAUGUCGCCGGCGACUACUUCGUUGCCUUCGACUUCAUCAAGAAGGACGGCCAGGCGGCCGCCAACACGCAGCUACGCCACGAACCGGGUGACGUGCUCGUGCCAUCCCUUUACAAGAAGCGGUGA